AAAAGAGGUUGCUGACUUGCUGAGUUUCACGGACUAGUUUAAGCUUAGAGGAGGUCCUGAUUCAAAAAGAAAACUAGUAUAUAGAUUCCUUGAUUUGUUCUGUGUUACUCUCUGACAAUAGCUCCUACACCUUAAUAAUAGGGUAUCUCUUCUUUCCACUUACCAAACACCCAUCACAUUCACGGGCUACAAUAAAACAACGUUUUAUUAGUUAUUACUUAUUACCACUCCACUCAAAUGCUUCCUCAAUUUUUUAAUUAAUUAAUAUUCUUCUGCUCUGUGAUCCACUCCAGCAUGUUAUAUCAAUAUUAUAUAUAUACAUAGCUCAUGAUAUUCAUAACUAGUGUACCCUUGUUUGGCUAUUCCAUAAUGGGAAUGGCUCUUUCGGAAAACAGAGCACACAAGGUCUCUGUUUUGCUCUGUUUCGUGGCUCUGUUCUUCAGCUCCAAUGGAGUUGGGGCACAGAAUUCUCCGGUGUUCGCCUGCGAUGUGGCCAAGAACCCUGCAUUGGCGGGGUACGGGUUCUGCAACAAGUCCCUGAGCGUGAGUGCCAGGGUGGCUGACCUUGUUGGAAGGUUGACAUUGCAGGAGAAGAUCGUGGUUUCAACAGAAGCCAGAGCAAUGCACAAUGUAGGGUUGGCUGGUUUGACAUAUUGGUCACCUAACAUUAACAUAUUUAGGGAUCCAAGAUGGGGAAGAGGCCAAGAAACACCGGGGGAAGACCCUUUGCUCACCAGCAAAUAUGCUGCCGGUUAUGUUAAAGGCUUGCAACAAACCGACGACGGCGGAGAUAGGCUCAAGGUUGCUGCUUGUUGCAAACACUACACAGCUUAUGAUGUUGAUAACUGGAAAGGAAUCCAGCGUUACACUUUCAAUGCUUUGGUGUCACAGCAAGAUUUGGAUGAUACAUACAACCCACCGUUCAAGAGCUGUGUGAUUGAUGGCAAUGUUGCAAGUGUCAUGUGUUCUUAUAAUCAAGUUAAUGGCAAGCCAACUUGUGCAGACCCUGACCUUCUUAAAGGGGUUAUUCGUGACAAGUGGAAAUUAAAUGGAUAUAUAGUUUCUGAUUGUGACUCAGUAGAUGUGCUUUUCAAAAAUCAGCACUACACUAAAACUCCUGAAGAAGCUGCAGCCAAAUCCAUUCUAGCAGGACUAGAUUUGAACUGUGGUAAUUUUCUUGGGAGAUACACGGAAGGUGCUGUGAAACAAGGUCUUGUGGAUGAAGCAUCAGUUACCAAUGCUGUCUCCAACAAUUUUGCCACAUUGAUGCGGCUUGGGUUCUUUGAUGGUGAUCCAAGCAAGCAACCAUAUGGAAACCUUGGUCCAAAAGAUGUCUGCACCGCGGCGAACCAAGAGCUUGCUCGCGAGGCUGCAAGACAAGGGAUUGUGUUGCUUAAAAACAACAAAGGGUCACUCCCUCUUAAUGCCAAAGCCAUUAAAUCAUUGGCAGUUAUUGGUCCCAAUGCUAAUGUGACAAGAACCAUGAUUGGAAACUAUGAAGGCAUUCCAUGCAAAUACACAUCACCUUUGCAAGGGCUAACGGCCUUAGUCCCGACAAGUUAUGCUCCGGGAUGUCCAGACGUGCAAUGCGCCAAUGCGGUGCUAGACGACGCGAAAACAGUUGCAGCCUCUGCAGAUGCAACGGUUAUUAUAGUUGGAGCAAACCUGGCAAUAGAGGCUGAGAGUCUUGACAGGAUCAACAUCCUUCUUCCGGGACAGCAACAACUUUUGGUGAGUGAAGUUGCCACUGUCUCCAAGGGACCUGUGAUUCUUGUCAUAAUGUCUGGAGGAGGCAUGGAUGUUUCUUUUGCCAAAACCAAUGACAAAAUCUCCAGCAUCUUGUGGGUUGGAUAUCCCGGCCAAGCCGGUGGCGCUGCUAUAGCUGAUGUCAUCUUUGGAUUCCAUAAUCCAAGUGGAAGGCUACCUAUGACAUGGUAUCCACAAUCAUAUGUGGAUAAAGUUCCAAUGACCAAUAUGAACAUGAGGCCUGAUCCUGCAACAGGCUACCCAGGUAGAACAUACAGAUUUUACAAAGGAGAAACAGUUUUCGCCUUCGGAGACGGAUUAAGCUACUCGAAUAUUCAACACAGGUUAGUUAAGGCACCACAACUAGCAUCUAUUCCCUUAGCAGACAACCAUGUAUGUCGUUCUUCGGAUUGUAAAUCGGUUGAAGUUGGUGAUGAGCAUUGUAAAGAGUUGGUUUUGGAUAUUCACCUUGGUGUGAAGAACAUGGGAAAAAUGAGCAGCGGCCAUACAGUGUUCUUGUUCUCUACACCUCCUGCAGUGCACAAUGCACCUCAGAAACAUUUGUUGGGAUUUCAGAAAGUUCAGUUGGCAGGAAGAUCAGAAGCAUUGGUUACAUUUAAGGUAGAUGUUUGCAAAGAUUUGAGUGUUGUUGAUGAAGUUGGCAACAGGAGAGUCCCCUUGGGACAACAUCUUCUCCAUGUAGGAAACUUGAAGCAUCCUUUGCGUGUCAGGAUUUGAAACAAUUCUUCAAACCAUCUACAUUUUUUUUUUUUUCUCAUUGGCUUCCUUACAAAAAAUUUGUAAGGGGGCAAAAAAUAAGCUUAAGGUAAUUGUAACAAAUUUAUCUGGAUUUUCUCUUAUCCAAAUAAGUGAAAUCAGGAUCAAUUGUAUAAGCAGUGACCACAUUAUUAUGUGUGUGCUUACUUUAUAGUAUCUCUUAAAAAAUUAUAACUGUGGUUGCAUGUACAUGAAAAAGAACAACAUUUUAAGU